AUGGAAACAAACUAUGACAGAGCACAAGAGCUAAAGGCUUUUGGUGACACCAAAACUGGUGUCAAAGGACUUGUUGAUGCUGGGAUUGCCGGAGUCCCAAAAAUUUUCAUUCAACCACCAGACAAUCUCAACAAAACCACUAAUCCAAAGAGUGUGUUAGAGGAGAUGAAGCAAGGUGUUCACAGGUUUCAUGAGCAGGACAGUGAGGUGAGAAAAGAGUGGUAUACUAGAGAUGUGAAGAAAGCUGUGGUGUAUAAUUGUAAUUUUGAUUUGUUUAGUGCACCAACUGCUAAUUGGAGGGACACUUUCUGUUGUAGUAUGGCUCCUAAACCCCCAAAUCCAGAGGAAUUGCCCCCUCCUUGCAGAUGGUUAAUGAAUGAGAGACUUGCCUGUGAGGAGAUCUCCAAUAUUGACCACAAGAGCUCCAGGGGUAGGAGGGACAUCAACCCAGUGACCUUGGUGAAGAACUUGGAGGCCUCCAAUGUGAUCCUGCAGCAGCACAGUGAGGAAGUCGUACAGAGUGUUGGUGGUGCCGACAGUGAGCUCCGGCUGAGGGCAUGCUGGGUAGUAGUGGCACAGUACGGUGAGCCCGACGGCGCAACCAUGUUCUUGAGGUGGUUUGGACUCAACCCAAGCGCAUCUGAGAGUAACUCCAACAAACAACAGCCUAACUUGUGA